GGGGAGAGACCCCAGCCCGGGCCGAGCCCCGGGGGCCAAGGGGAGAGACCCCAGCCUGGGCUGAGCCCCAGGGGCCGAGUGGAGAGACCCCAGCCUGGGCUGAGCCCCGAGGGGAGAGACCCCAGACCAGGCCGAGCCCCGGGGGGGCCAGGGGAGAGACGCCAGCCUGGGCUGGGGGCCAAGAGUUUACUGGGGCAGCAGGGCAAGUUGUCAGGCACCAUGAGUGACAAUGCUGGAGAAGGGAGAGCAUCAGAAAAGAGGAAAGAGCAAAAAAGCAGGAAAGCAGGAGAGAGUUCCCAGGUGGAAGAUGAAUUCAAAGAACUGUCCAUCUACUUCCCUAAGGAGCAAUGGGCAGAGAUGGGAGCCUGGGAGAAAACCCGCUACAGGAACAUGAAGCGGAACUAUGAGUUUAUGAUUGAACUAGGCCUUCCUACCCCGAAACCUGCCUUUAUGUGUCGUGGUCGACGUCCCCAAAACCCCAUCAUAUACGACUCGGAGUCUGAUGAAGACUGGACACCAAAACCUUUAGUUAAAACCUUCAGGCCACCACGUAAAUCUGGCAGUUUGAAACAGGAAAAAAAGAAAAGGCAGAACAUCAGUCAAAAUGAAAAGACAGUGCUGGAGAAGGCCUCUGAGAAUCAAACAGACACUGAGAAAUUGAACAAAAAUUCAGAUGUGGGCACCAGAAUCCCUGUCACUAAUGUUGUUGAUCUGAAAACUGAUCUACCCAGGUUAGCAGCUUCUAAAACCCAAGGGCAGAGCACCCAAGUUAACACGUACAGCUUACGAAAGAGAGAGAAAAAAGUGUACGUUGAAAUAAAUGAACCACAAGAUGAUGAUUACUUAUUUUGUGAGGCUUGCCUGACAUUCUUCAUUGAUGAGUGUUCAGUUCAUGGCCCUCCAGCUUUCAUCAAAGACCCAAUAGUAGAAACAGGACAGGAAAGGAGAGCAGCUCUCACUUUGCCCCCGGGGAUGAGAAUUGGGCUUUCGAGUAUCCCACAGGCUGGGCUUGGAGUCUGGAAUGAGGCAGACACCCUGCCGAUUGGAGUUCAUUUUGGCCCAUACGACGGAAGGAUAACAGAGGAGGAGGAAGCAGCCCACAAUGGUUAUUCUUGGCUGAUCACCAAGGGAAGAAACUGGUAUGUGUACAUUGAUGGAAAGGAUGAAACUAAUGCCAACUGGAUGAGGUAUGUUAACUGUGCUAGGGAUGAGGAAGAGCAGAACCUUGUCGCUUUCCAGUAUCAUGGGAAAAUCUACUAUAGAGUGUGCAGGGCCAUCCUGCCGCACUGUGAGCUUCUGGUCUGGUACGGGGAUGAAUACGGCAAGGAGCUGGGAAUCAAGUGGGGAACGAGAUGGAAAAGCACAGCGCCACCCAAAGUGCGUGGGCAGGAUCCACACUGCCAUCCAUGCCCUCGCUGCAGGCUGACUUUCAGCAGCAAAGAUUACCUCAGCCAACACUUGAAGCGUAAGCACCUGCCUACCGAAUUGCAGACUGAAGAAGACGAAGGUGCUCUGGGAGGGGAAUCUUGUCCUAAAACCAGAGGUCUUUCCUUCCCGGGGGAUCCACCAUCACAGCAGCUGCCACCAGACCCCAGCUCCCUCCACAAAGGCACAUGGGGAAAGAAACCACAUUUGCAAGGGCAGAGGGAAGGUGUGGGAGGUAGAGAGGCGUUUGGCUUACUGUCAAACCUGCCUCCGCAGCAGUGGAGGGACACAACAGGGGAGCCACAUGCACAGAGCGAAACAGGGGAGGCGGGAGGUGGCGGUCGCAGACAGAAGUAUUCCUGCGGCGAGUGUGGGCAGAACUUCCACAGGCCAUCACACUGGGUUAGACAUCAGCAGAGCCACACAGGAGAAAAGUCCUAUCCUUGUGGUGAGUGUGGGAGGAGGUUCAGCAAGUCGGCCAGCCUCACCAGACACCAGCGCAUUCACACAGGAGAGAGGCCCUUUCAGUGCCUGGAGUGUGGGAGGAGGUUCAGCCACUCCUCCAGCCUCACUACCCACCAGCGCAUCCACACGGGAGAGAGGCCCUUCCAGUGCCUGGAGUGUGGGAGGAGGUUCAGCCAGUCAGCCAACCUCACUGCCCACCAGCGCAUCCACACGGGAGAGAGGCCCUUCCAGUGCCUGGAGUGUGGGAGGAGGUUCAGCCAGUCAGCCAAGCUCACCACCCACCAGCGCAUCCACACGGGAGAGAGGCCCUUCCAGUGCCUGGAGUGUGGGAGGAGGUUCAGCCACUCCUCCAGCCUCACCACCCACCAGCGCAUCCACACGGGAGAGAGGCCCUUCCAGUGCCUGGAGUGUGGGAGGAGGUUCAGCGAGUCAUCCAGCCUCACCAGACACCAGCGCACCCACACGGGAGAGAGGCCCUUCCAGUGCCUGGAGUGUGGGAGGAGGUUCAGCCACUCCUCCAGCCUCACUGCCCACCAGCGCAUCCACACAGGAGAGAGGCCCUUCCAGUGCCUGGAGUGUGGGAGGAGGUUCAGCGAGUCAUCCCACCUCACCAGACACCAGCGCACCCACACGGGAGAGAGGCCCUUUCAGUGCUCGGAGAGUGGGAGAAGGGUCAGGCAGCCAUCAAACCUGACCGGCCACCAACGGACUCACGCCUAGAGGGGAAACACCCUGCAGACCAAACAACAUGAGGGCUCUGUGUCAAUCUUGUCGGAUUCUGGGUAAAGCAAAGAGCUGUAACGAUAGACUCAUUAACCUUCUUGGGGGCUUUUGGUUUGCUCCUCUGCUUCAUGCUGACUGCAGUGGUGAGUGUAACCCCCUUCACCUUUCCGCUCCUGGGCUGAGUGGAGAGACGCGUCCUUCCUCCACUUGCUGAGGGUUUUGUUGUUCACUAAAGUUGGGCUACUGCCCCAGCCCCUUGACUGUCCUGAGUGGCCUGCUGCAUCUGCCCCUCCAGAAGAGACUUGGCCUGUGACCAAUAGGAGCAGCACAGGAGAUAGGUGGUCCAGGAGCAGCAGGAAUCAAAGCAGUUACUGUGGCUGCUGGGCUUGAGUAGACGGUAAUCCCCUCGUGCUCUGUCCACGCUUUGCUGCAGCCUUGCUACUGUAUGAGGUGGGAGCAAGGCAGGCCUGCAGGAGCCACCUCCCGUUUGUCGCCCACCAUUCGUGGCUAGUGCAGUGGGAGCCAAGCACCUGGCCUGGGUUAGUCAGACUACAGCGAUGGUCUCACGCGAGAGCAAGGCAAGGAUGGGGUGACUAACUCUGAAUGGGUACUGGCGGGGCAGCACCUCGAGCUCGGUUCAGACUCCCGGCUGGCGUUGACGCAGUGGCUUACCAAUGCGUUCGUAAGGCUGGAAACGCCUUGCCUGCCUAUUAACACUGUUAUUCAUGGUUUGUUCCUGUUAGUUCCUUCUCUCCCUCUUGGGAAGAUGAUAUUUUUCCCUCCAUAUUUCUUCUGUAGAGAAUUUCUUUAAGCCUGUGUUAAUAAAACGAGCUUCUCUGAGACUGACCUUAUCCUGCACAGUGAUUCCCUAGCAGGGGGCAGUGACUGAACCCAAACCAGCUGCCUCUCACCACACAACCCUCUGUGCCUGAUCUAAAGGAUCUGCUCCAGCAACUGCAGCAGCAGCCUCAUAAACUUCUCUUAACUGACCCGAAACAUUGUUAAUGCAGAGUGGAGCCUGCCCAGCCCGGUCUCGUUCCCUUCCAGAAUACAGAGACUAAACCUCAACCCUGCAACCAGGAACUGCCCCUCCUAGCACAUCACCUGAACUCCACAGAGCAGGAAGCCCGCACUGAAAUGACUGCACACGUGGCCCGCUCACCCUGCCCCCCCCCCCCGCAAUGUGGCAGAGCACGUAGACAAUCCAAGGACGCAUUCAGAAAAGUCCUCUGUUAAAUAACAAGCUAAAUCUCCACCUUAACUGUCCCAGAGCCGCUGCUCGGCUCUAAUCCGGGCCUUGCUCCUGGCGGGGGAAGGGACUGGUUUGUACAACCAGGGCUCCUGCUCUUUGACUCACACUCUUAGAUGUUAUGCCAGAGGCAGGGGUGUCUCACAGCAAAGCGCAUGAAAACCUAGCAGCUGUGCCUGUUGUAACCAGCCUUGUCACACAUCGUUUUACCCUUCCAGUUACUAUGACAGUGAGGACUGGUCACAAAAAUGUUGGACUUUGAGCGGAGACGGGAACCGCACUGAGCUGUCACUGUUGUAAUACCUGGGGAAGGCGCCGAGCUCGAGAGGGUGGAACAGACACGGCUCUAUUCCCACAAACCCGCAGAACCUCAGGCGUC